GGUAGGCCAAGAGUCCCAAGCUGGUCAGUGAUUUCCCCACGUCUCACUGCGAAUCGCGAUGGAGACGAAAGUGGAGACCGUCAUCUUUGUGGAUGUGGAUGGAGUGUUGAACGUCGGCAUCCGCGACGAUGAGGGCCCUCUGCUGCUAAACGAGAGGGACCUGCGCCGUGUCAAGAAGUUGCGCAGCUCAGGCAAAGUGUUUGGAGAGAACGUGCAGCGAACCAUCGAAAGGAUCUUGCUGGCAGCCGCGCGGCUGCAGCCCUGCGGCGAGAGCUACGCGGCGGUGGCGUGCAAGGGCCAGGCGCAGCUGGCAGGAGUCUUUGUCCAACGCCUAGCGAGGCUCAUCAAAGCCGCUGGGGACCACACCAUGGUGGUCCUAUCUUCCAAGUGGCAGGAGCAUACGGAGAAGGUGAGAUAUUUGGAGAGCGCGCUGGGCGAGCACCUGCCGAACUUCGCCUUCCACGCCAAGACGGGGCUGGAGCUGGUGAUCAACCCCGAGAGCCGGCUGCUCUCCGUGGCAAGGUACCUGGAGACUCUCGGUUUGCGCGAGUCGAAGUCUCAGCUGAAGGUCUUGGUGCUGGAGGACUUCCACAUCUCGUCGCUGGGCUUCUGCUGCCAGGGCGAGGCCAUGGACGGGGCCGAGAAAGUGGAGGCGUUCCUCCGCAAGAAAGUGAAGGCCCAGGACUGCGAGGUGAAGCUGCUGCACACCUUUGAGUGUUGGGAGGAGAACGGCCCGGGGCUCGGA